AUGAGUUUCUCGCUUAUCAGUCAAUUCAGUAAAAUUCAACUCCUAAUUAUUCGAUAUGAAGAACCAGUUAUUCUUGUACUUGGUAAUAUCGGCAAUACGGUCAAUAUUUGGAUAUUCCUACAACGCGAUCUACGAAAAAACGUUUGCUCAUGGUAUUUUAUUUCAUUGUCCAUAGCUCAUCUCCUUCUGCUGGAUUCAUUCUGUCUUCCUCGUAUAAUUAUUACUUCAACUGGUGACAACGUUUUUCGUUACAUUUCUAUUCUCUGCAAAUUACGUGCAUAUGCAACUGAAUUAACUCUUCUGCUCUCACGAUAUUUUCUCUGUUUAAUUUCAAUCGAUCGAUGGAUGGUAACUUCAUCUAAUGCAUGGAUUCGUCAACAGAGUUCAUCUCGUGUAGCUCGAUGGUUGAUUAUUAUUGGUAUUGCUUUUUUUACAAUAAGCAGUCUGCAUGCAGCCAUAGGAUAUCAAACUAAUCCAGUUGAAUGUACACCACCAUUUGGUUCCACUUAUGAAUUUUUCGUCUCAGUCGAAAGUAUUAUCGCAUCAAUGACUCCAAUGCUUAUCAUGAGUAUAUUCAGUCUUUUGACUGUGUUCAAUGUACGCUCACGCUUAAUGCGUCAGAUUCAACCAACAAAAACUGAUGCAAGUCGGAGUCAAAUACAGUCCACUGUCACGUCAAAUGCACAAUUUUCAUAUCAACGAUUUAAAGGAAAUAUGCAACUUGUUCGAUUAUCUCUUCUUCAAGUUACGUUCUAUUUAAUGCUCAAUUCGGUCUGGUCGAUUAUUCCUCUCUACUCAUUCUUAGCAGGUGCUCAAGCCAUGAUGAACAUCAAUCAACAAAUGAUGACUUUGUUUCUUGGUAGAAUUGGCCUUAAUCUACUGUUUACGUACGCCUCGAUUACAUUCAUCUUGUAUACAUUAGCCUCGAAAUCAUUUCGCCAAGCGUGCAUUGUGGCUAUCAAGCAAUUGGGAAACACAUAUCAGCGACGGUUCUGA